UCUUGCCUUCAAAUUAAUUCGGCAACUCUAUCUCCAUUGAUUCUGAAUUUCCAUUCAUGGAGAAUCAAUGGAGGCACGUUUCCGUCUUUCAUCUACUCUUCUUCUUUAUUCUGACAGGAAUUCAAGUAGUUCAAAGUUCACCUCAUUACUACCACCACCACCGCCGACUUGGUGGCCGCCUGUCCAAGCUUUUUGUCUUCGGUGACUCUUAUGCUGACACCGGGAAUAAUCAGAAGCCUGUAGCUAGGUCCUGGAAGGUACCUUACGGUAUAACUUUUCCCGGAAAACCAGCCGGCCGUUUCUCCGAUGGCCGGGUUCUAACGGACUACGUAGCUUCUUUUCUUGGAAUCAAGACUCCAGUAGAAUGGAGGAAAAUGGAGGCAAACCGACUGAGAUAUGGUCCAUAUGGAAUAAAUUUUGCGUUUGGAGGGACUGGUGUGUUUGAUACGGUGGUUGCUCCUGACCGAAACAUCACCAUGACCAAGCAAAUCGACUUCUUUCAACAGCUCAUCCACGAUGGAGUGUACAGCAAGCUUGACCUAGAUUCAUCCGUUGCUCUUGUAUCUCUUGCUGGAAACGAUUAUACCACUUAUUCUGCCAGGAAUGGCAGCACAGAGGGUUUGUCGAACUUCACUGCAUCCAUCAUUAAUCAACUAGCUAUAAAUAUGAAGCGCAUUCAUGACAUGGGAGUGAAGAAAGUAGCAGUUACAGCUGUUGAGCCUUUCGGAUGUCUUCCCGCAAACUCAGUCUUGUCUUCUUAUCAACAAUGCAAUGAAACAAAUAACAAGAUAUCAAUCUUCCACAACCUCUUAUUACAGCAAGCAGUGGAGAAGUUGAAUAACGAGACCAACGAAUCCACAUUCAUAAUUCUUGAUCUCUAUAACGCAUUCAUCUCCACAUUUGAGAGACAGAAAGAUCAUCCAGGAAGUUUGAAGUAUGUUAAUCCAUUGAAGCCAUGCUGCGUGGGUAUAACUACAAAAGACUUGUGUGGAGAGAAAGAUGAAAAUGGUGUGGCCAAGUAUACAGUAUGUCAAGAUCCUGAAUCUGCAUUCUUUUGGGAUGAUGUACACCCUUCACAGGAGGGUUGGCAUGCAGUCUCUUCAGCUUUGCAAAAUUCUCUACAGCAACUCUCCCUCUAAUAUAUAUAAGCGAUAAAUCUCCUUAAUUACUUCAUUCAUGUUGG